AGCCGCAGUGAGUUGUAAACACAACAGUUGCGGUUGGCUGUGUAUGUUCAGUAGCUAGCGCGAGCUAAAGUCCAGGACAUUAUUUUGGCUCUAACAUACACGAACAUUGGGAUUGAAAUGACAGUACCGUGAGGAAAUGCUGCUCUUUAUAAAUCUGUUUUAAAAUCCCGAGGAAAGAUUUCUAAUAUAUAGAAUAAAACGUUAGCUCGCUGUGACGUUAGCGUUAGCUCCUAACCAAUGACAAAGCGCCUGAGAGGAAUUGUUAACUAGCUAGCAAGAACGUUUAGGUGUUUCUCUGUUCAACGCUGCUUAUAGUUGACUGUAUUUCUUAAAAUGGCAACAUACUGACGUACCAGCGUAUUAAACAUGGACUAUUGUAUACUCAUCUUAUUUGGUGUAAUUAGUUAGUUUGGGAAAAGUUAGCUUAAGCAAAGCAAUAGGCCAGUAACAGACAUCUUGAGACGAUAAAGAAAAACACGAAUAAUUACUUCGGAUUUAAACAACCACGGAAGCUUCUUCGUUGUCAUAUGUUGACUGAAAACAGGAAGCGGCAGCACAGCGGUGGUGAUGAGGAGAGUAGCCACCUGGUGCCUCAAGCCAAAAGGCAGAGCAGAGCUCAUCCUCUCUCCCCUGAGCCAGGUCGGGAUGCUUGGGACUCAGAGACAUCCAACAGUGAGAGCAGCAGCAACAUAAGCAGUCCUGAACAUGCAGCUGGGAGUCGGUGUGCUUUGGGCCCCUGCAGUCCCUUCAGCUCCGGCUUCUCGUCAGAGCUGGGUGGCCCAGCGAAUCAGCUGUCAUACCUGCAGAUCAACCGCAUCCUCAGGGAGGCUCACUUCCAUAGCCUGCAAAGCCGAGGUCAGCUCAGAGACCUGAGAUGAAAUAAAGCUCUACUCUGGGAUGCCAAAGGACUGAAAAUGUGUCGCAGCAUCAUUUGCCGAUGGUUUCUUUCAGCUCUCCCUCUCCCAUCUUCAGUCAUUGCAACAUAUCACAGUUGUACAUAUAUGUGGGUGGAGGAACAGUUCAUUUCUCACAUAGAUUGCAGUGUUUUCAGUUGAGCAAUAACAACUAUAACUGUGAUCUACUCCAAACAUUCUAUAAUCCACUUAUUUUUCUGAAAGAUCCGAUUUACCAACUGCUAUGAGAGCCUUACUGUGUACAGGAUUGUUGGUUCUCCUGUGUCCUCUUUAAAUUGUAAAUUGAAAAGAAUAGAGAUGCUGAAGUGCCACCAAAAAACAAACAAACAGGUUUUGGACCAGUCAGGUGGGAAGUGUUUAGUCUUACAGUAGGGUACUUGCAGAAUCGGAAGGCUGUGGGUACAUGGACCAGUCUCAGGGAGGAUGUGUCUUAGCCUGCUCUCUUGCUUUCAUAUGUUGGGGGUGGGAGGGUUAAUUUGGGUAGAACUAUUACAAUGUUAUCUACUAGACUUCAAAUUAGUUAAAGACAAGCCAUGUCAUAGAGCUUAGGGUUUGUCGUAGUGCUUCAAAAUACUUCAUGAUCAUCUCAGAUCAUGUUGAAGGAUAACCCUACUUUGGUUGAAGUUUUCUCACACAUUUUGUACUUUGUGAACAAACGCGAUUAUUAUAAUUUUUGUAGCCUAGUUCAUCCCCCUGCUUUGAUUUUUGCCUCAGGAUCAUGCUUUCUCCUGAUCUGAACAACAACUUUGAUGAGCUGGUUGUUAGAAUCGCUUUGCUGCCUUAUAAUAGCUACAUUCUCUGAUCAAAGGUAUUGAGUUCCUAGCAAAAGUCUUCAUGCCUGUUUGACGUUUUAUUUUUUGUUAAUGUUAUCCAGUCUACGCAUCAGCCUGUUUUUUUUUUUUUUAUAGGUUUCGUUUCGCGCUAGAACAACUCAACAUAUUCCACCAAUGUAAAGGUGAAAAACAAACAUGGUUUUUCAUAUUUUUCGCAAAUAAAAGAUACUGAAAGUGUGUCAUGAUUUACCACAAGGUUUACCACAGGUGUUUUUAGGCAUUUAUAUAACGAUCCAGUACAUUCUUAUUGGCUAUCAUAUCAUUACAGCAUAUACUGCUUAAAGAAAAGAACCUUAUAUAAAAUAGUGUACCCCAUACUGCUUACAUUAAGAAGUGCAUACAAAUGAUUUGCUUUUAACUACAUAUUUAAUGUUUUUUUUUUUUUUUUUAGUUAAGGUGUCAGAAAAGAAAAAGUUUACAAAUCAAGUCUAACAUUUGGACUGUAUUCCUGGAAUCCUGAAACGAUCCCCCUAAGUUACUACAGACCUCAUGACUCCCUCUGAUAAACGCUUCUGUUACUCAGCCCAUCAGUUUACAUGAGAACAAUGCUGCGCAUGCUUUGUAGUUGUGCCAGUCUUUACAUUUAAUAACGAAAAGUAAAACAAUGGCAAUACAGAAAAUGACCGACGGUGAUAAAUUUAAGCUUUUAAUUUAUUCCCCCAAUUGCUAUGUUAGAAACCCUUGGAUAUUGUUGAAAAAAGAAUAUUUUAAUUUGCUCCCUUGUUCAACCCUCAGUAAAUGUUUUAAUUACACUACUCCAGAACUUUCUCCCUCAUCUGUUUGCUGUGAUUCUUUUCAUAAUGCCGUUUGCUCAAUGUCUAAAAAAACAAAAACCUAAGCGGCCUUCAGUGAACAUUUAGAUUUAUACCAAAAUCCCAUUUUUGAAAAAAUAAAUCUAUAUUUAUCAUUAUUUUCCCUCCGUUUGAUGAAUAUGCACUACUUGCUCCAAAACACAAAUUCCAAUUAAAUACAAGUAAUGUUUCUGGUUAUUAAAAAAAUAUAAACACAAAUGUAGGAAACUUCAAGGGGUAUGAAUACUUUUGCAGGGCACUGUAACCCAUUUCAAGUAGACACACUGAUGAGCGUUUCUUUGGAAAGUCAUUUAACGAUAAAGCAUCUUCUUACAUCUUAUGGUUUACACUAGCUUUUUAGGAAAACCAAAAUCACCAAAUCAGGGGAUUUUGGUUUCCAGUGUCAACUUCCAAGAAUCAUGAAUUGUACACUGAUAAAUUAAAGUCAUUGUGAUUUAAUACUUUAAAAGUAUUUCCAUCUGCCAUAAAUGGUUUAGAUUCUUAUUUUUGUGGAUAUACCUAAAAUCUGAUAAGCACAACUGUUGUACUUUAGUUUCCACGUGACCAUCAAGAGAAGUGUUUGUUUUUAUAAGAAAUAUAUUGUCUUUUGACGAUGCUCCCCUUCAUUUUACCCAAAGUACAAAGGAAUGUACGGAAAUGCUUUGACAAUAUUUACACAUGCUUUAAUACAUCUUUCUGUGUAUUAGUCGCUGUUUUAUGGUUUUCAGGAUCUGCUGAUGCUGGUAAAGACGUGUACUUCCAUUUGUAUAACAGCUAAAGCCCAAUGGUCUGGGGAAGGAAUUAGAAAGUUACCUUUUUGCAUAGUUCCUGGCCAACCAGUUAUUAAGUUAAUCUAAUGGAGGUCAGGUAUGAUGCAGAUUGUUGCAAAGUACCAUCUUUAUGGCAUUUUAUGGGAGGGG